CUCAGCCCGAGCCUGGAAACGAGAUACGCUGAAACCAGCACUUGCUUCUCGAUGACUUCUCUCGUCCAAUCUUGUCUUCCCAGAACUGCGAGCCUCCGCAACCGCACUUGGCUUGCUCCUUGCCUUUGCGUCAUCGAUUCCCGCCGCUUCGAUUCCCGUCUGCCACCCUCAACGCGCCGUAUCAUGCACGAACGAUGCCCCGGUUGAAAGCAGCUUCAGUAUCCGAUCAGAUCGUACGGAAGAGAAAACGUAAAACCCGCGAAGAUGAAACCCCUCCAAAAGCGACACCGGCACCCGAAGCCAUGCUAGCCGAACAGCUGAACGGCACGGCUACGACUACGACCACGACCACGACCACGAUACCUACAAAGACACACGACGGCGGCAAUAAGCCGCGGAGGACAGCGAAAGGGAACGGUGCGACGGAUAAGCCCGCCCUAGUUCGCCAUGGCUCAUCCACCGUCGUUGAAACCUCGAUCCCCUGGCCGGAGCACUUCACGAAGCUUGCCCAGGUACACCGCGCGCUGAAUAUCGUCUAUACAUUCUGCUGCACCCGCAAGCACUUUGCGACGACCCUAGAUAACAUAAAGAGCGCGGUAGAGGGCCACAUUAAGCGCGAGCUGGUCAUCGAGGAUGUGGCUCAAAUCAAUGCCCUUAUCCCUCGGGCGAUCAACUUCUCCUACGUGGACGAAGCGAUGCUACAGAUCAACUUAAUGGGAUUAGAGGAGAAAAAGUCCGGGAAGAAGUCAAGAGACGGCAUCAUCGCCGAACCGGAAUUAGAGAAGCAGGAGCAUAGGGAGGUGCUACUCUUCGAGUUCAUCGAUGGCGACCUCAAGCGCCAGGUACAGCAUGCGAAGACCGGCGAGCCCACAAAGGCUGUGCAGAGACUCCGCAACGAAGAUUUGAAGAUGCCGGUGUUCAGUCAGAAGCAAAUGAUGAAAUUAAUUGAGAAGAGGAACACCAAAUUUACUUCUGCUAUUAAUGCAUUCCUCAACCGAUGCGCCGAUAGAAACAUCGAUGCGUUAGAAAAGCUCAGGGAUGAAUCUCUAGCGUUCAUACCCAUGCCAUCGGAAAGCAGACCCGCGACUCCUGGACUGGAGAGAUCUCGGUUACCGGCGACGAUACCCAAGGAGCGCAAACCCAUUCCGGAGAUCAUUGAGGAGAUCAAGACGUUGGAGUGGUACACCGGUCAGAUCGUUCCUGAUGGUCAUCGAGUGUUUGACCCUCAGCCGCCUAUCUAUGGCGAGCUAAACUUCCAAUUGUCACAAAGCCUGGUUAAUGCCCUCUACAAUACCCGAAAUAUCGAACAGCUAUACGCCCAUCAGGCGGAAGCGAUCAACAACCUAUACGACGGUCACAAUGUCAUCGUGUCGACCUCCACUAGCUCCGGAAAAUCGCUCAUCUACCAAAUUCCCGUUCUGCAGCAGCUUGAACAAGACAUUAACACCCGAGCGAUGUACAUCUUUCCUACAAAAGCCCUCGCUCAAGAUCAGAGACGCAGCCUGAAGGAAAUGUUACGCUUCAUGGAUGGCUUGCAGGAUAUUCUCGUUGAAACCUUCGAUGGGGAUACGCCGAUGGCAGACCGCAACUACAUUAGAGACGAGGCUCGCAUCAUUUUUACGAAUCCCGACAUGCUCCAUAUCACGAUCCUGCCCCAAGAAGAAGCAUGGCGGUCAUUUCUGCAAAACCUGCGAUUCGUUGUGGUGGAUGAACUCCACGUCUACAAUGGCCUGUUCGGUACCCACGUCGCAUGCAUCAUGAGGCGCUUGCGUAGGAUAUGCGCAGCGGUCGGGAACCGACAUGUCAAAUUCAUAUCAUGCUCCGCGACAGUGGCGAAUCCAGAGGAGCACAUGAGGACCAUCUUCGGCGUCGACGAGGUCAGGCUAACAGACUUCGAUGGCUCUCCGUCUGGUAGGAAAGAGUUCGUCUGCUGGAACACACCGUACAAAGACGCUGCCGACCCGACUUCGGGAAGAGGCAGCAGUAUGGACGAGUCUGCCAAACUAUUCUGCCAGCUCAUACUUAGAGGCGUCCGGGUGAUUGCGUUCUGUCGCAUCAGAAAGCAGUGCGAGGCUCUUCUUGCUGCCGUGAAGACCGAGUUGACGAACCUUGAGCGGCCCGAGGUCAUAGUUCGAGUGAUGUCCUAUCGAGGUGGGUACACGCCUCAAGACAGACGGCAGAUUGAGCGAGAGAUGUUCGAUGGCAAGCUGGUCGGCAUCGUCGCAACCAGCGCUCUGGAACUUGGCGUCGAUAUUGGCUCAUUGGACGCCGUCAUUACGGUUGGCUUUCCCUAUACCAUCGCCAACCUUCGCCAGCAGAGCGGCCGAGCCGGGCGGAGGAACAAGGACUCCCUAUCGGUGCUCGUUGGAGACUGCUUCCCGACGGACCAAUACUACAUGUCGAACCCAGACGAGAUAUUUACGAAGCCCAACUGUGAGCUGCAAGUAGAUCUAGAAAAUCUACUCGUCCUCGAGGGCCAUGUCCAAUGUGCAGCAUACGAAAUGCCCGUCAACCCAGAGGCUGAUAAAGCUUACUUCGGCCUACUGCUGCCGAAACUCGCAAAACAACGGAUGCGCAAAGACGAUCAAGGCUUCUAUCACUGCAAUGAGCGCUUCCUUCCCUACCCGUCGCGUCACGUCGCCAUUCGCGACACUGAAGACACUCACUUCGCCAUCAUUGAUAUCACCUAUGGCAAGAACACUGUGCUGGAAGAGUUGGAAGCCUCCCGCGCCUUCUUCACCAUUUACGAAGGUGGCAUCUUUCUUCAUCAAGGCAAUACCUACCUCAUCAAGGAGUUCAGCCAAGAGCGCAUGAUUGCAAAGGUCGAGUACGUAAAGGUCGACUGGACGACGCAGCAGCGCGACUUUACGGACAUCGACCCAGUAGAGACCGAGGCUAUCCGCCGGAUUCCCGGCUCCCGCUCUAAAGCCUUCUACGGUCCAAUUAAGAUCCAGCAGGUCGUCUUUGGUUUUUUUAAGGUGGACAAGAAACGCCGUAUUUUGGACGCCGUUCAAGUUGACAACCCACCUAUCAUUCUCCACUCAAAGGGCAUGUGGCUCGAUGUUCCUAAGUCAGCGAUGGACAUCCUCAAAUCACGACGUUUAAAUAUCGCAGCCGCUAUCCACGCCGCAGAACAUGCUAUCCUUUCCCUCAUGCCUAACUUCGUCAUUAGCAUGCCCGGCGAUGUCCGCACGGAGUGUAAAGUCGCACUCAAAGAGUUCGCUAAGCGGGAGACGUCACGCAAGCGUCCUGCGCGCCUUACCUUCUACGAUGCAAAAGGCGGCGCGAGCGGGAGCGGCAUCAGCACGAAAGCGUUCGAGUUCAUCGACACGCUACUAGCGCAAGCAUGUCAAAGGCUGCAGGCUUGUCACUGUCUUGAAGGGUGUCUCGAGUGCUGCUGUGAUGAGCGAUGCAAAGAGAUGAAUCAGGUCAUGAGUAAAGCCGGAGCACUGGUGAUUAUCAUGUGUCUCCUGGGGAAAGAAAAGGAAAUCGAUAUUGAUGCCUUGCCAUUCGGAGAAGAGGAUACGGUGCCCGCAGGUAUUGAAACCGUGGUUCCUGCCGAGGAGAUCCGCGUUGUAAGAGGUAAGUUUGUGGAUGGAAUUUUCAUUAAGAAGGAGGAAGAGGAGGAGGAUGAGUUUGCGCGGAGCAUUCAGAUGUUUGGCGCUGAGAGGACGUUUAUUGGGGUACAUCUGUAGGCAGUGGUGUCACUGA